UGAGAUCAUUCAUUAUCGUGUGGGAGAGAGCUUGUUCGAUAAAAUUAUUAUUACAGCGGGCAUCGUUGUGGGUGCUUAUAUUUUAUGUCAGUUUUUAAAAGUCGUGAAGCCUGCAGAAGCGUAAACCUCGAUAGAACCAUUGUUUAACGACGGUGCAUACUUUCAAAUAUGAGGCGCAAAAGCGAGAGAAACAAACCAAAAGGUUCACCGGAGAAGAAAGUAGACAAGCCGACGAGAAAAUCAUCACGCCGACGUGGUAAAAGAUCAACAUCGUCAUCUCCCGAGAGAGAUGACUCACAAGAAGAUGCUACAUCCGACGCCUCUCUCUCUCGAGAGAGCAGCAAAGAAUCGACUCGUCUUCAGACAAAGGAAUUAAAGCCAAUUCCUGAAAAGGAUGAAACAGUCGUAUUGACUGAAGGUGUCGUGGAUAAGGAUGCAUCACCCGAGACCGAGGACAAUGGAUCCGUAUGGAAAGUGGCACGAGCUGAUGCGUCCCCCGGCGAAAUACAGAAACUGAAACUGUGCAGACAGCGCAAUAUGUCAGAAACAUCAGACAAUUCGACGAGUAGGAAAAGAUCACACAAGUGGCAGGGAAGUGGCGAGGGAGUUGUCGAGGAGGUUGACUCUAACGACGAGCGACUAGGCUCUCCUCGAGUAGAGCCUGGCGGCAUGCGACCUGACGAUACCUCCUCAAUACCCCCAGGUCAGGACUCCAACGAAGAGGUAAGUGAUUACAAGGAGACCCUGCCCGAAUCCACUUCAGCCAACUUGUCUGACGCUAAACCAAACAUAGAUCUGCAAGGCGAUUCGAAUGAGGCAAGUUGUUCCAACCAAAGUAACGAUAUCAAGUCCAAUCCAAUUGACACAUCUGCAGAUCUCAUCUCCUAUGGAGAUCAAGCCGCCCAGGCAGUCUCAAGAUUGCAGGAGAUAAUGACGGAACAGGGCAACGAGGCCUACAGCCAGGAAUACCAACAGAACACAUCGGACGCGACAUUCACCGAGAAGGAUGAGCAAGUUCCUGGACGAGGGGAGGAAGGGGAGCAAUACCCCGAAGAGGAUCAGGGAACUCCCAAACGAAAGGAAGAUUUGGAAAGGAAAGGGGACUGUUCAGUAAUUGAGAAGAAAGUUCCGCAAGGGGAUAAAAAGAUCCAACAAGUCGAGGGACAAGAUUGUCAAGAGUAUGUUCCCGAAAUAGAGGAGCAAGCUUCUCGAGAUGGAAUUCCUGUAACAGAGGAGCAAGUUUCAUCAGAGGGACUUGUGUUGUCCAAAGCAGACAGUCCACAGAAAGGAGAAGAGUCUUCCCAGGAUGGAGAGGAUCUUGAGAAACGAAAAUCUUCUCAAGUGGCGGAGGAAUCUCCUGAAGUACCGCGGAAAAAGAAAGAACAGGUUCCUGCAAGAGAAGAAGAUACGCAUGAAAAUAGCCGAGACACACCACAGAAAGGUGAAGACACGCCUCAAAGGGAUGAUCGCAAAGAUUCAAGCAGUGAUGAUGAACGGGUCGGUAACAAGAAUGAUCAUUCAGACUCGAAUUCCAAUGGCGAGAGUCGAGCCAAAGUCCGAUCAAGUCUGAGAGCGUCUUCCCGUUCUACUCGUAGGAAGCAUCGUAGCAAAUAUCGAGAGUCUUCAAAUUCUGAUACUCCAGAUUCGGAGGACGAUCCUUCCACCGGAAGGGAGUCGAAGCAGUCUGCAACUCCAGAGGCAGAGGUGCCGAGAGAGAAGGAAUAUCUUAAGGAUAGAAGUCGCUCCAAGUCCCUGGAACCGAGAGAGAAUUCACCUGUGUUAAAUAGUCGGCAAACAGCUAAUGAAGUUGAGGAUGUUGAAAAGGAAGACACGAAGAUCGUAGAUAGCACGAGUGGUAAUAAAUCAAUUGCCAGUCUUUCAAAUGCAUCGACGUCUAGUCAAAAACCCGCAAAAAUCAACUUAAAGAGGACAUUCAGUACUCGAUUAUCGGUAGAUGAACACAAAACUGAAGACACUAGUUUGAGUACCAACACAGAUUCUAUUCAGACUAAGGAAAAUCAUACAGACGAUAAGACAGAGCAAAAGCGAGUAGUCCCUAAGAGGCGUAGAUGGGGAACAACUCUUUCCACAGACACAACCACGGACUUUUCUAUCUCGACAGAUUCUUUAAAGGCUUUAGUGCCAGGAGCGAAGCCACUGUCAAUCACAGAAGUUCGUCUUUCCAAAGACGACGAGGAUGAGCAUAUUAGUGGCAAAGAUCGAGAGAAAAAACACCAUACAAGCGACAGUAAUGGCGAAUACACGGUCAGGGAAGAAACAAUUGCUCAAAAAAUGGAGGGUCCUAGGAAGGGAGAUUCAAAAGCGGAUAAUCAUAUAGGAUCAAGGAGAAAAAUAUCUGUAGUUAGAGACAUUCCUCACACAAAGGCGCCCAAUUCACCGCCUUCAAAAGGAACCAGUAUACUUUUGAUUAAAAACCUGGUGCGGCCCUUCACUCUGACUCAGAUCAAGGAACUUUUAUCUCGCACUGGAACUAUUGUGGAGGGUGGUUUCUGGAUGGAUAGGAUCAAGUCUAAAUGUUUCGUAGAGUAUAGUAAUGAAGACCAAGCGUUCGAGACGAGGCAGGCGUUGCACGGAAUAUCGUGGCCAACUUCGAAUCCGAAAAAGCUUCAGGUGGAGUAUGCGUCGAAGGAGGAUAUGCAAUUGGCCCGAGACACAUGCACAGACCAACCUGUUUCCCGCAAAGCGGAACCUCAUCUGCAGUCGGAUUCGUGGCAACGCGACUGGGCACGUGAUGACAAAAAUCAAGUGGGAGGAACCAAGGUGAUGGUCGUACGAGAGUGGGACUUGGGAAAGGAGGAUGGCCAACUGCACGUGGUGAAGGAGGAGCGGGAUAAAAAGGAAUUUGAAAAGAAAAAGAGACACAGGAGCCAGACUCCACCAAAAGAAGUUCAUCUGCCAGCACCAGCUCGCAAAUUUAAGAAGAAGGAAGAUGAUCCUCCUCCUGCGAAGCUGCUGGACGAUCUCUUUAGAAAAACUAAAGCCACACCCUGCAUAUACUGGUUACCUCUCACAAACGAGCAGAUCGUGGUGAAGGAAGAGAUGCGAAGACAGCACAUGGCAGAACAUGCGCGCCGACUGGAAGAGAUGAGGCGAGCCGAAAGGAAUAGAGAGAGUCGACGCCGACGCAGUCCCAGAAAAUAAUUAUUUUAUUUUUUAUUUUUCAAUAAACCUGGAAUCCGCGUGAAACGUAGCUUUUCAUUCUGCAGAUUGAUUUUAUGAGUACGACAGAUUUUUUGCAACGUUAAUUGUGACGUUGUCACUAAAAUUCAUCAAGAAUUCUAACGCGGGUCAAUCAAUUCUUGCCCAAUUUUUGUCAUUACAAGUUCUCACUUUGAAACGAGUUACGAAAUUAAUUUAUUGCGUUUUCAGCACUCUUAACGGAUUACUUGAAAUUUCCAAGCAGAAUGUUUUUGUUUUUUUGUUCUCAUUUUACCCCUCUUAUUAGCUACGUUUUCUUUUCUUUUGUUUUACGUUCUUUUUUUUGUCUUUCUUGAACUUGAAAAAAGUAAGCCCUCAGCAUGUCGAGAAUACUAGUUUGGUUUAUGCCCUCUACUUUUCAGCAUUAAACUAUACUUCUUACAGGUCAGCGAAAAUUACUAAUCGGCACCGGACGAAUGCAAUUCUGACAUUUGUUUUGGUAACGAGUCGACAUCAUCUACAGAGGAUCGUGAUUGAGGAUAGCGCCUUGCAAUGAUCUUUAAAUCUCGUUCUUUUUCGAACAAGUUCGCGCAAGUUGGAAAUGUACCGUAUAUUACAUGUACCGAUUUCCAAGUUACAUAUUGAAAGAGCGCUCAUCAAUGAUUGUACUGUGUAUCAUCAAGACGUUAUAGAGGUGUCUUUUUUAUAAAUUGAGUUUAUGGCGAGAACCAAAAAUGAGUUAUGUGGAGUGUCGUUGCAGUGAGCAAAGAGUUAUAGAAAUUAGUAGACAGUAAAAAGCUGAUCAAUUUAAUGUAACAACUACUUUCGAUAAUAUAUUAAUAAUCAUCGGGCAGAUUUACAUUCUACUGCACAUGAAAGGCAAGUGUAAAUAUCCAUACCUACUUAUGGGGAAAGAACUAUGUAAAAUUUGCAAUCAAUAAACAAGUCCUAAGCCACGAAAA